GCUUAUUUCAUUAAAAUGUGUAUUUUCUUCAGUGAGAUAUCUUUAUGGAUUUCCUUAUGACUUGAGAGUCUGAUUUUAAAAGUGGUUUAAUAUUUCUGAGUCUGACUCAAGCAACUUCAAUGUUUGCUCUUGGGCAAAGUCAUCUGAACAUUGUGUACUGUGCACGUAAUGUGGCACUCUACCUUUGUCCCUAUAUUUAGAUCAGCGAUACUCAACCCGCGGCUCACUAAUACGAGUGAAAGAGCGACAGAGGCAUCCUACAAAAUCACACAUGAACUGAUGAAAAAGAUGAAGCCAUAUACUGAUGGAGAAAUGGUGAAGGAUUACAUACUGCUGGCUUGUUCAACGUUGUUUCCUGAGAAAAAAGACCUGGAACGAGAGGCAAAAAAAAUGCAACUGUCGGAUUCUACUGUAGCUAGGAGGGCAUCAGACAUUUCAGAGAACAUUGCACAUACUCUUAAGGACAAACUGUCAUCUGCUGAGUUUGUCAGCCUUGCAAUGGACGAAAGCUUGGAUAUCAAUGACACGCCACAAUUACUCAUCUUUAUCCGAGCGAUCAACAGUAAGUUUGACAUUACAGAAGAACUGCUUGACAUGGUUUCACUGAAAAAUGGAACAACGGGCAUUGAAAUAAAAAACGCUGUGCUGGAAACAUUAGAAAAGUUUAACAUUGGACCAGAAAAAAUCACAGCAUUCACAACAGAUGGCGCACCGGCGAUGCUUGGUAAGAGGAACGGAGCCGUGGCUUUGCUGAAAGAAACGCUGAAAAACGGCGGGGUUGCUGCUGAGGGUAUUUUCUCAUACCAUUGUAUUGUGCAUCAACAAGCCUUGUUUGCGAAGUUCAAAUGUCUGAAUGAAGUGAUGGCAAAUGUAAUCGAAGUGGUUAAUUAUAUCAGGGCCCGUGCAAGAAACCACUUACAUUUUAAACUGCUGUGUGAGGAGUUUGACACUCACUAUGGAGAUUUGGUGUUACACACCGAGAUCAGAUGGCUGUCUAAAGGACGUAUGCUUGCACAUUUCAUGGACCUGCUUGAACCCCUGAAAUCCUUCAUUGUCGGCCAAGGGGAGACUUCCCGAUUUUCUGUUUUGGAUGAUAAAGAGUGGGUGCUGUCUGUUGCGUUCCUGUGUGACAUUACGCAGCACUUGAACGAACUUAAUCUCAAGAUGCAGGGAAGAAACAAGACUGUGUAUGAGCUCUACACGGCUGUCAGAGUAUUUUCUGACAAACUGGAUGUACUCGAACAAAGUGUCCGUGGUUCUGAUUACCGUUUUUCCCCACCGUGCAGAAAGUGAUGGCGAUGCAUGCAGACGCUCUCCUGCCCUGUCAAUCACAAUUCUGUGACGUGCUAACUGAGCUCAAGCAAAAC